AUGGACUGGCCGACGACGCACCCGCCGCGGGCUUACCAGCCAGAAGAGAUCACCGCCCAAGAGUUCAAACCAGCCUUGGAGAUCAGUCUUCGUAACUAUUACGAUGCUGAACACACACAGCACUACAACAGAGUGAUUGUACUUACAUUCUGCUGGGAUAUCGACUAUAGCCACCGCGGCAGACUUGGACACUGGACCAGCCAACUUGGCGAUACUUUCCAGCACUUAUACGGUUACGAAGUCUUGCAUACUUUAAUACCAGCGUUCGCGCCCAACCCGCACGGCAUCGUCUCCGACGUCGUGAGGAAUACGCUUUACGGAACGCCGGCCCAGCCCUGGCUCGGGAAAGACGCCCUCGUGAUCAUCUACUACGUUGGCCACGGCAAGCUGGCCGCCCACGGUCUUCGAUCAACCACCUCAACCCAUCGGCUCCUACCAUUCCCAAGAUGUCCCUCGGUAUACUUCACGAAUAUCCGCCGAGAGUUGACCGACAACGCCGAGCCAGACGUGCUAAUGCUCCUCGAAAACCCUCAUGCCGGCGGCGCGGGCGCGAUCGGGCCCGGCAAAGAGAUUAUCGCAGCUUCAGUCCCCGACCACCUCGCCUGCGCCGAUGGCUGGCGAUCGUUCUCUGCCUGCCUCGUCCACCACCUUCGGCUCGCAGCGAGUAACAAGCAUAUCCUGACUAUGCCGCAGCUCUACUCGAGACUGGCCACCAAAUGCUUCACAUUCGACGUGCACGGCGAGGCCGAACUAGCGUCCAUACCCAUCCACAUCCAACAACACUGCAACACACCCCGCGUCCCCAUCUACCUAGGACCGAUCUUGCCGGCAAUCUGGAGCAUCGUCCUGUCUGAGUUGGCUUCAGCGUUGUUAUUCUCGCGCCUCGACGGUGGCGACAGAUUGAUGCUCAAGCGCGCAUACCCCGCCGUCUCAGGGACGGAAAUACUCUUCAGGGCUACAUUUGAUGUCUGGUGCGGCCUGAGAGGCUGCCCAGCAGUGAAUUUCAUCACGAUCAUGGUUAAUGACGAGUUUGCCCGCAAUAUUGGGCCUAAUCCUAUCUCUCAUAUGUGA